CCCGGCGGGCGGUCCCGGGGGGCGAUCGGCGGCCCUGCGUGGCUGUUUCUGCGCUCCGACCAUGUCCUGGCUCCGCGCGGCGCGGACGGGGACGCGGCUCGUCUGGACCAGGAGCUGGAGCGGCGCGGCGGCCUCGGGGCUCCAGAAACUCAGCUUGCUUUUUCCUUAAAGCUGCACCUUCUACGCUCCUCCCAAGCUGGCUGCAAGUCUCUCUAGCUGGAUGCUCCUAACCACAUCCUAAGGAUGGGGAACAUCACGUCAUCAUCUUUGGGGAAUUCAGCAACAGCUCCUGUGAAUCAGAUCCAAGAAACGAUUUCUGACAAUUGUGUGGUGAUUUUCUCAAAAACCUCUUGUUCUUACUGUACAAUGGCAAAAAAACUUUUCCAUGACAUAAAUGUUAAUUACAAAGUGGUGGAGUUGGACAUGCUUGAAUACGGAAGCCAGUUUCAAGACGCUCUUUACAAGAUGACUGGUGACAGAACCGUGCCAAGAAUAUUUGUCAAUGGAACUUUUAUCGGAGGUGCAACGGACACUCAUAGGCUCCACAAAGAAGGGAAAUUACUUCCACUAGUGCAGCAGUGUUACUUAAAAAAAAGUGAGAGAGAAGACUUUUCGUGAUGUUGGUGCUCCUCACUUUGCCAGUGAAAUGUCAGUUAUUUAAAGUGAUAAUGCCUUUUCAAUGUUGGAGGAUGUUUGAAGUAUGUGAAUUGUGUCCCCAAAAAGUUGUAAAAAUAAUGAACAAUAAAUCGCUGUGGAAUCGUU